AAACUAAUAGGAGAGUGAGAGGGGAAGAGAGAGAGAGAGAGAGAGCAAGCACUAGAUAUAUAUGUUUUUGUGGCACAAGUACAACAAAACUAAACCAAAACAAAAAAAGCAAAUAUCCUUUCAAGCUUAACCCUUUUCUCCCUCCCUCCCUCUCUAUUAUCAAGCCUUGUUUUUCACUUUUUUUUUUUUCCAUCUUCCUCUGUUUAGUGGUGGUGGUGGUGGUGGAAGAGUAGAGACAUCAAGAAAGAAAGGAAGAAAGAUAUGGAAAGUACCACAAGAAAUCAAGAAAUGAGCAAAAACCCAUCUCCAACGAACUCUCCAAAUGGAAAUAGCAAUGGAAGCAGCAGUAUAAGCGUCCAAAUGCACAAUACUCCACCUCUUUCUCCAAUACCCAUUUCCAGAUCUGACUCUUCUAACCCUUACCCAACAACUUUUGUCCAAGCAGACACUUCUACUUUCAAACAAGUUGUUCAAUUGCUUACUGGCUCAUCAGAAACAGCCAAGCAAGCCUCUAAUUCAAGAAAUAAUCAAGAUCCACCAGCACCCACUAAUUCAAGAAACUUCAAUAUCCCUCCUAUGAAAAAUAUGCCAAAAAAGCAACAGAACAGUUUCAAGCUUUAUGAAAGAAGAAACAACACUAAUCUUAAAAAUACUAGUCUGAUGAUAAAUACUUUACUGCCUCCUGGUUUUGCAAUUAAUAGUCAUAAUUCUAUUAUUUCAGGAUUUUCUCCAAGAAACAAGACUCCUGAGAUCUUGUCUCCUUCUUUGCUUGAAUUUCCUAAAUUGACACUUAGUCCUGUUACUCCUUUGAAUAAUGAAGACCCUUUCAACAGGAAUUCACCUUGUAGUAAUAACAAUUUUGGGAGUUAUUCUUCAUCAUCCGAAGAAGAAAGAGCUAUUGCAGAAAAAGGGUUUUAUUUGCAUCCUUCACCUAUUUCUACUCCUAGAGAUUCUGAGCCUCAAUUGCUGCCUCUGUUUCCUGUUACUUCACCAAAAGCUUCAGGUUCUUGAUUUUCCUCAAGAUAUUCAACUCUGUGAUUUUCUUUUCCUUUCUUUUAUGGUUUUGAAAUAGAUCAGAAGGCACCGUUUUGCUUCAAUUGUACAAUUUGAUCCCUCUCUUCAUUUUCUCAUAUAUAUAUGGAUGGUAAACUCUUGUUUAGCUUCUUCAUCUUCUAGUUCUUUUCUUGUGUA